AAUCGUACCGCGGGAUCGUGCGCAAGGUUCGCUUCGUGUUUGUCCGUCCAGCUUCGCGUGGUGAUCGAGAUCGCGCGUGACUUCGCGUGUGUUUGUGUUUUUUUUUGCCUCGUGAUAACACACUUACCACAAUCGAUCGCUUACUGCCGCGUGGAAAAAAGUGUUCAAAGUAGAAAAAAAAAUGUUUGCGCUCCCGUCCGUCAAAACAGUCACGCUGCCAGUUGUCACAACAAACACGCAGAAUUGAGGAAUAAAAAUAAACGGCUGGAAGCCUGCCGCAAGUUUGAUUUCGAUUCGGAAUAAAAUUUAUUUAUGUGCACGCGGAUUUUAACGACCAUCAACACCACCACCACCAGCACCUCUUCUACUAGAGAGUGACACAACAAAUCGAUGAUGAUCGUUUGGGGAUGAUAGUAUUUGCGCGAAAAAAGUGCUUUUUUGAAGUGGUGGGGGGAAUUUGGGGUGAAGUGAGUUAUGAAGUGUUAAUUCAAACUGAAAUAAUUUAACACAAAAGGAUAGCAUCCUGUAAAAGAAACGAUCAAUUCCUGCGUGCCCUCAAAACGACGACGAUCCGGACAAUUCAAGAUCUGCGAUCGAGCUCAUUUGUGUCACCAAUUCGCUCCGGCCAUGUCCACCGGAGCGACGAAGAAUCGGCCCAGAACGGUCAACCCAGAAGACGACGUCGACGAAGAUUGAAUUAUGCUUGGACAUGUGCGUUCGUCCCUUGCACUAAUGAUGCUGUACGUGCGUCCAAUCAAUACAUUUUAGUCUUCGUUAUGAUAUGAGGAAGGCGAGCACGACGGCCAACAUUCGAACUAAUUGACCUCGGUCGGAACGGAACAAAGAGUCAUGAAUCUCGAGGAGGAAUAUUGGGCACCCUCGGAGUUUUGAGUUUAAAAAUUAUUGGCCAUUUCUUGGGGCCACGGGAGUGAAAUUUCGCCGAGCGAGUCAUAAAUAGAAUCAUCGGAAGAAGCCGGGAGGGUAACGAAAAGUGUCCUGUAGUGUCCUGGUGAAAUUAUGGCCAAAAAGAAGAAAUCGGCACCGGCACCGCUGGUGGUUCCGACAACCAGCUACGCGUCCCAGAAUGGGCACGGAGGCGCCAAGAAAGCUCACAAAACUCGUGACUCGGACUGCUGCAGCAUCAAUUUCGUUAAAUACGUGCUCCAUAUCUUCAACAUCAUCUUCUUCAUGUCCGGACUGGUGAUAAUCGGCGUCACGGUUUGGACCGUGCUCUGGAAGCACCACUACGUGUCGCUGCUGUCGACGACCAACUACGCCAUCGGAACGUACUCGCUGCUAGCCGCCGGACUGCUGGCUGUCCUCGGGGGCAUCCUCGGUUGUUGUGGCGUUUGGCGCGAGCAGCGGGCGCUGCUGUUGGGGUACACGUUCAUCCUGCUGUUCGUCUUCCUCCUGGAGGCCAUCGUUGGCGGGCUGGCCUAUCUGUACGAAACCCAGAUCGAGCUGGAGCUGCAAACCAGCCUCAACAGCACCUUCAUGGAGCAGUACGGCGUGAGUGUGCGCCAAACCGAAGCCAUCGACCGAAUGCAGCAAGAGUUCGGCUGCUGCGGCGCGGUUCGCUUCGAGGAUUGGCGCCACAGCGUUUGGCUGCGGUCCCGCCGGAAGGACCUAAUCCGGCCAACCGAGGGCCGCCUCGUGCCGGACUCGUGCUGCAUCAGCGUAACGCCGCGCUGUGGCCGCAGCGACCGGCCGAGCAACAUUCCGUACACGGGUUGCAUCUACAAGAUGGCGGACGACCUCAAGCACCACCUGAUCCUGCUGGGGGCGAUUGGCCUCGGGAUUUGCGUCAUCCAGGUGUUCGGUAUGAUUCUGUCCUGCUGCCUGUACGUGAAGCUGAAAAAUGUGCUCGAUUGACAAAAGCCAGCGGAUCCAAUAGUCGAAUUAAUGGAUCCGCUGCCCGACAACAUCAGUCUCAUCUACGGCUACGACGACCAGACGAUUUAGUCAACGCGACAACAAUGAUCUUCCAUUCUGUUCUGCAACCGAAGCUUAAUUAGACGAUAGGGAAAACAAUGUGUAAAAAGGAAAUACUAAUCGGACUAAUACUAGUUGUUAUUCAUUCAGAUAGUUUAUUUAACCUUAAGAGACGCGAGCAAUCUUGUUAACUGUAGAUUAUUUAUUGCAUGCAGGGAAAGUACAACAAUUUGUAGAUAUAGUGUUAAACAUUGCCGAACGAACAAUAGAAUAACUGUUGCGAACAAACUUGUAUAGCCUUAAGGUAUUGCCAUGAUUACCAAAAUAAAUAUGCGAAUAUAACUGUGAAUAGUUAAA